CGCCAACACAGUUAUUUGCAUGGUUGCACACGCCGCGGCUAAACACGUAUAUUACAGUGUUCUGCAUAGAUGAAUCUACCUUUCCUUGGAGCAACCGCACUCUGAAGGUCAGACUCUGCUGUAAUGCGCUACACGUGUGAUGGUAGCGCAAAUUUUCUGUUGGCUGGUUUGGAUACGCCAAACGAUGUAGCAAAGUCGAGCGUUCGUGCUGGCGAUGAGGACCAUCCACUCGCCGCCGAGGUCGAUGUGUUGUGGGAAGUUGACUACAGCCCACCCGAUGGCUCAACCCUCGUAAUUUCGCUGGACGAUGGCGCCGCACGUGCCUGGGCGGCCAGGUGUUGCGGUGCGCUGUCUGCAGCCCGCAACUCACCCCGCAGCCCCAGACGUCAGGGAUGGGCUUGCCGGCAGACGCUGCACUUCACUACAGGCUCGUCCUCCCGCCCGUACAAUUUCUACGGCAGUGCAUCAACCUCAGGGCCUGUGGGAACGCCCUUCCGUAGUGCCCAUGCAGCCGCUUCAGGUGCAUCCGGCGACGGCAGCGGGACGAACCCACCUGCUACCCCUCAACAACACCAACAGCAGCAGCAGCAGCAGGGACAGCAAGCUCCGCAACAACAUGGCGAGGUGAAGCCUCCCAGGCGGCGACGGCAUCACCCGCAUUCACCGCCGCAGCAGCUGCCGGCCGCUUCCCGGCCUGCUGCGGUGUUGCCGUACUCCGUCCCCACGUUGACCGUUGGUGACGUGUUUCUGUCUUGUAGCACGGCGGCAGCGGGUUUCGGGCACCUGAACGACUGGGACCUGGGAAGCCGCCUGGUCGCCGCCAUCUCAGCCGCUGCAGCCGCCGGCGCCGGCGCAGCGAACAGCCAGCACCUCUCCUCCCUUGCGCCCUCACCCUCCUCCUCCUCCUCCUCUUCCACCUCUGCCCUCGCCUCCUCCCAGACGACCCAUGACCCCAACCGCCAGCACCCCCAGCACCCCCAGCAGCAACCCAACCACCAUCACCACCACCCCCACCAGCCCCAGCUGCUGGACGCCGCCAGCGAGCUACUGCUGCGCAUGUCGGUGCCGGAGGCGGGGGAGCGGCGAAUGUUCGUGGGCAGGGGGGCGGCGGAGGAGGCGGCGCGGAGGGACGCGGCGCUACAGAGGAGUAGCGCUGCUGCCGCUGCUGUUCUGACAGCACCCGGAGACGCGGCCGGUUCACACAAAGGUCUUCCUAACGUCCUCGGCGGGCAGAAUGCGGCCGAUCGCACCGGGUCAGCCGCGCCGGCAGCCGCAGCAGCAGCAGCAGCCAGUGGCUCCCUCGGCCUGCUGCGGUAUCGCGGCAGGGGGCACCCCAGCUCCUCCUCCUCUUCAUCAGCAUCCUCAUCCUCAUCAACCGGGCUUGAUCCUUCUCAUCGCGUGACUGCCAGCGCUGAUGCGGGGGAUGCACGCGGCGGGGCCGAUGCCGCCGGCCGCCAGAGACGCAGCGGAGCCCCUGACGGCGGCAGCGACAGCACCAGCGACGGCGUUGGGGAGAAGAGCCUGGGCGGUUGGUUGCCGGGCCCCCUGAGGAACGUGUUUGACACGCAGCGGCGGCGGCAAGGUAAACACGGGAGAUGGAGGGGUGACGGCGGCGUCGAGAGUGACGGUGAUGGCGGCGGCGACGGUGAGGGAUCCACGAUGCAGUACGGCAGCAGCAGCAGCGGCGGCAGCAGCUACGUCGCACGGCUGCCGCUGGAGGCGGCCCUCAAAGCCCUGGUGGCCUCAGUCACCUCCGCCACCUCCGCCUCCGCCACGAUGACGUCAUCAUCAUCAUCAUCAACAGCUGUAACGCCAGAUCUGUACGGCAGCGGACACCGUACGGCGGCAGCAGCAGUGGCAGUUGGUGCCGGGGAACCGCCACGACAGCAAGAGGACAAGCAAACGCCUCCGCCAGGCGCCUCCUCGUCGCGGAACGCUACCGCGACUGUCGUACCUGCUGAACCUGCCCGGCGGCGUUUCCGGCUGGUCCCUGACGCAGCGGACGAGCAGGCGGUGGAAAGCAGCCGGGAGGCGGAUCGGCUGGCGGCGGAGGCGGCGGAGGUGGAGGCGGCGAUGACAUCAGAGGCGGAGGAUGGAGAGGACGGGGCGGCGGGGGGCGGCCAGGGUCGCCGACCCCGGUUGAGGAUAAGACCACGGGUCGCGUUGAACAUCCAUGACAGCAGUUCCAGCCACUGGGUGCUGGAUGUGGUGGGGCAGGAGGAGGAGCCGCAGCAGCAGCAGCAGGCGGCCACAGAGGCGGUGGCGGAGACGGCGGAGGACGCUGCAGGACCCGAGCGCCCUCAGUCGCAACAGCCUGAGCAGCAGCAGCAGCAGCAGCAACAUCAGUCACCGGUCGACGUCUACAGCAUGACAGGUGACAGCAGGGACAGCGGCGACAAGGACGACCAUCCCACUCCUCCCUCUUUCCUCUUCCCAUCUUCUUCCCCCUCAUCCGCUUCCAUCCCGAUGGCCCAGCCCGACCACCUUCUCGACAACUCCACCUCCCCGGAUACCCCAACCAUCCCCAGCUCCCACCCCAACCUCAACCCCAACAUCAGCAUUCCUAUCGGAGACAGCAGCAGCUCCGGCAACCGCACACCGCUGUUCCUCAUCCCGGGCAUCACCCUCAGCGUCCGCGCGCUUGACGGCACGCUGCUCC